UUUCGCAAGCGCUAAACGACUGUCCCUCUCGCCUCGCCAUAGGUUGACAUUGCCUCCUCAAACAUGGCUGCACAUACAUUGAAGAAAUCAAUUUUGUCCUUAGGACGAAUACAUUGUCAUAUGUAUGGAGUUCAUGUGCGUAACCCGUUAAACAGAGCAACAUAUGCAACGGCUUUGUCUACCAAUAAUUCUAGUCAAAAUAAAGGCUUUCCUGACAGAGAGAACAGAGGACCUUUCAACCGAAGAUCAAGGAGAGAGGCGGGCGACCCCAGGACAGACAGGAUGCCUGAAGACCAGGACUGGACUGCAGUCUACCCGACCGCUACCCCCUUCAGACAGGGCUCUGUGCCCCUGCCUGUCCGCAUGGGCUUCCCAGUGAAGAAAGGGGUGCCCCCAGAGAAGAAGGGCAACCUGGAGCUCAUCAAGAUUCCAAACUUUUUGCAUUUAACUCCAUUAGCCAUAAAGAAACACUGUGAAGCUCUGAAACCGUUCUGCACAGAGUGGCCCUCUGCCCUGGACACAGGUGCUAAAUGUGAUGAGCACUUCCCUGUCAAAGUAGAGAGCAAGGACUACGUGUCUGCCGGCACCUCCCUCAGAAACCCAUCUGCCCGCAUAGUCCACCUCAGACUUAAGCUCUCCUGUCUGAACUUGGAUGACCAUGCCAGGAAGAAGAUGGUUAAACUGGUAGGAGAGAGGUACUGCAAGGACACGGACACACUCACCAUCACCACUGACAGCUGCCCUGUGAGACAGCAGAAUUAUGACCAUGCCAUGUACCUCCUGACUGUCCUCUAUCACGAGUCGUGGAAAAUUGAGGAUUGGGAGUCGGAGAAGACUGUGGCAGACAUGGAAGAGUACAGCUGGGAGGACAGCCCCUCUCAAAAGAACAUCAUGUCCACGUUGGUCCGCAUGCAGGUAGAGGGGGACGGAGAGGCGGUGAGGGAGGAGCUGCUGGGGAGGCCGGAGGUGCUGGAGUACAGGGACUCUGUGACCAGACUGAAGAACGAGGGAGAGAGCGAGAGCAGCAUGCACCAGUACAGAGACGCUGUGAAGAAACUGCUCAACCUUUAAUAUGCCCUCUUCUAUACAUGCAGAUACACACAGGAGAGUGAGCAAGAACAGUCAAUGGACAGUGUAGUCACCAAUACAAAGCAAAGACCAGAACUCGACUGCUACACACUUGGGGUGACCAGUUCAAUGUCUAGACAAACCUAUCAUCUGAUUUCACCACACACAGCAUUUGAUGCCUGUAACUGUCUUUUUGUGAAAUAUUUAUUGACAAUAAAUAAAAGGACCUCUGUUUAUAUGUCUGUAAUACAAUUGUCUAAUACUAGUUAUGCUAAACUGAUAGCCAGAAGCAAAAAAUGUAUUCCUUGCAUUUUAAAUAAAAAGCUUCAUUUUUCUCA